AUGCAGAAUCUUGAAGCAACAUGUGGUGACUGGUGCAGUGACCACCGGGGGAAGGUUCUUCUGGUUUUUUCUUUCAGAUAACAGCUACGAGCUCUGCUUCUCCGCUACUCACUAAUCUUCCUAUGGCUCUGGGUUCAUUCUUCCAAGCUCAGGCCUCUCCAGCUGAUGAUACCCAAGAGCAUCUACUGGCUGUGGGGGAUGUUGAAGCAGGUGGAGAUGAUCCUCAAUACAAGUUUCGAAUACGCAAUUUGACCAAAAAAUCUGAUGCCGGAAUAACUAUUCUCUCUGGAGUCAACUUGGAAAUACCCAAGGGCGUCGUCGUGGGGAUCAUAGGCCCCAGCGGCAGUGGUAAAUCUACGCUCUUGAGGUCGCUAAACCGCCUCUGGGAGCCACCUUCCGGUACUGUGUUUCUUGAUGGCCAUGAUAUUCGGGACCUUGAUGUUCUCAGUCUCCGCCGUAAAGUUGGAAUGCUCUUCCAGAUUCCGGCUCUGUUUGAAGGCACAGUCGCGGAUAACAUAAGGUAUGGGCCACAACUGAGGGGAAAGAAACUUACUGACCAUGAGGUGCACAAGUUGCUUACUCUUGCUGACCUUGAUUCUUCCUUUUACAAGAAGAAUGGCAGUGAAUUAUCUGUAGGUCAAGCUCAAAGGGUUGCACUUGCUAGGACCCUAGCCAAUGAACCAGAGGUUUUGCUACUAGAUGAACCAACAAGUGCCUUGGAUCCAAUAUCAACACAAAACAUAGAGGAUGUUAUUGUGAAACUGAAGAAGAACCAGGGAAUGACAAUUAUGAUGGUCUCUCACAGCAUCAAGCAAAUCCAAAGAAUUGCUGAUGUGGUUUGUCUCCUGGUAAAUGGAGAAGUUGUUGAAGUUUUAAAACCUGAUGAACUCUCACAAGCCAAGCAUCCCAUGGCACAGAGGUUUCUUCAACUCAGCUCCUGACUUCUUGUAUGCUUCUAUCUUAUCUUGAUAUGAACUGGAACUCUGAGAAUAUGUUUCUUCUGUUGUCUUUUAAACUUUUGCAAUUGUCUGCUUAUGGCUUCUUUGUUCCAAUAAAUUAAUUAAUAGGCACCCUUUAUUUAGUA